AUGAGGAUGGCAAGUGUGCGCUGCAAGCUGGCCAGUUACUUGGAGGACCUAGAGGACACAGACUUUAAGAAAUUCAAAAUGCACUUGGAAGACUAUCCUCCCCAAAAGGGUUGCGUCUCACUCCCCCGGGGCCAGACAGAAAAGGCAGACCACCUGGACCUAGCAACCUUGAUGAUUGACUUCAAUGGGGAAAAAAAGGCAUGGCGUAUGGCCGUGUGGAUUUUUGCUGCAAUCAACAGGAGAGACCUUUAUGAGAAAGCUAAAAUGAAUGAGCCAGAGUGGGAUAAUACACACGCUUCUCAAUCUACUGUAGAAUAUCAGGAAGAUAGCAUUGAAGAGGAAUGGAUGGGUUUGCUCGGAUAUCUUUCCAGAAUCUCUUUUUGUAAAAAAAAGAAAGAUUACCGUAAGACAUACAGAAAACAUGUGAGAAGCAGAUUCCAGCAUAUUGAAGACAGAAAUGCCCGUCUAGGUGAGAGCGUGAACCUCAACAAACGGUAUACCCGGCUACGCCUCGUCGAGGAGCACCCCAACCAGAAGGAGAGGGAGCAAGAGCUGCUGGCGAUUGGUCAGACUGCAGCCAAGAUCAGGGACAACUCUGUGAGUUCCAUCAAGAUAGAACUCCUGUUUGAGCCUGAUGACGACAAUGCAGAGCCUGUACACACGGUGGUGUUCCAGGGAGCAGCAGGCAUUGGGAAAACAAUACUGGCCAGGAAAAUUAUGUUUGACUGGGCCUCCGGGAACAUUUUCAAAGACAAAUUUGACUAUCUGUUCUACAUCCACUGUCGGGAGGUGAGCCUCAUGACACGGAGGAGUCUAGGAGACUUGAUCAUUAACUGUUGUCCUGACCCAAACCCUCCCAUAUCCCAGAUAGUGAGAAAACAGUCCAAGAUCCUGUUCCUCAUGGAUGGCUUUGAUGAACUCCAAGGAGCCUUUGAUGAACAAGCAGGAGAGUCCUGCAGCGACUGGCAGAAGGCAGAACGAGGAGACAUUCUCCUGAGCAGUCUUAUCCGAAAGAAGCUGCUUCCGGAGGCCUCCCUGCUCAUCACCACGCGACCUGUCGCCCUAGAGAAACUCCAGCACUUAUUGGACCGUCCUCGCCAUGUAGAGAUCCUUGGUUUCUCAGAAGCCAAGAGGAAGGAAUAUUUCUUUAAGUAUUUCUCAAAUGAGCACCAAGCCAGGGAGGCGUUUCGUUUAAUUCAGGAGAACGAGAUCCUCUUCACAAUGUGUUUUAUUCCCUUGGUUUGCUGGAUUGUGUGCACUGGACUGAAGCAGCAGAUGGAGAGUGGUAAAUCGCUUGCUCAGACAUCCAAGACCACCACUGCCGUGUACAUCUUCUUUCUCUCAAGUCUGCUGCAGCCCAGUAGAGGAACUCAGAAGCAUCAUCACUCUGUCAACCUCCGGGGGCUCUGCUCUUUAGCUGCCGAUGGAAUCUGGAACCAGAAAAUCCUCUUUGAGGAGUAUGACCUCUGGAAUCACGGCCUGCAGAAGGACAAUGUGUCAGCUUUCCUGAGGGUGAAUCUUUUUCAGAAGGGAGUGGACUGUGAGAAGCUCUAUAGCUUCAUUCACUUGACUUUCCAGGAGUUCUUUGCUGCCAUGUACUACCUGCUGGAAGAGGAGGAGGAGGAGAUAGAAAGCAAGAACCUAUCACGGAGUUGUUUGAAACUUCCCAACAUGACAGUCCUUCUGGAAAAUUAUGGCAAAUUUGAAAAGGGGUAUCUGAUUUUUGUUGUCCGUUUCCUUUUUGGCCUUGUAAACCAGGAGAGAACCUCGUACUUGGAAAAAAAACUAAGUUGCAAAAUAUCACAGCAAAUCCGGCACGGGCUGCUCAAAUGGAUAGAAGCUAAAGCCAAGGCCAAGAAGCUUCAGAUCCAGCCCAGCCAGCUGGAGUUGUUCUAUUGCUUAUAUGAGAUGCAGGAGGAGGACUUUGUGCAAAGGGCCAUGGACCAUUUCCCCAAAAUUGAGGUCAACCUCUUUACUAGAAUGGACCAUGUGGUGUCUUCUUUUUGCAUUGAGAACUGUCGUCGUGUGGAAUCACUUUCCCUGGGUUUUUUUCACAAUUUGUCCAAUGAGGAAGAAGAGGAGGAAGAGGAAGGACGACAACUGCAAAAUAACUUGACCUUGGUCAAGUGUGUCUCCCCACGUUCACAUACUUCUUGUUUUUACCCUUUGGUGAACUGCUGCCUCACUUCCAGCUUUUGCAAGGGCCUUUUCUCAGUUCUGAGCACUAACUCAAGCCUUACUGAACUGGACCUCAGUGACAAUACUCUAGGGGAUGUAGGAAUGAAGGUAUUGUGUGAAACGCUUCAGCAUCCCGGCUGCAACAUUCAGAGGUUAUGGUUAGGACGGUGUGGUCUUUCCCAUGAAUGUUGCCUGGAUAUAUCCUCAGUCCUGAGCAACAGCCAGAAGCUGGUGGAACUGGAUCUGAGUGAUAAUGCCCUGGGAGAUGCUGGGGUCAGACUUCUGUGUGUGGGACUGCGACAUUUGUUCUGCAAUCUACAGAAGCUCUGGUUGGUCAGCUGCUGUCUCACGUCAGAUUGCUGUCAAGAUCUUGCAUCAGUCCUAAGCACCAGCCAAUCUCUGACUAGACUCUACAUGGGAGAAAACGCUCUGGGAGACUCAGGAGUUCAAAUUUUAUGUGAAAAGAUAAAGCAUCCACAAUGUAACUUACAAAAAUUGGGACUGGUGAAUUCUGGCCUCACAUCAGUUGGUUGUCCGGCUCUGUCCUUGGCCCUCAGCACUAACAAGAACCUCACACACCUUUACCUAAGAGACAAUGCUCUAGGAGACAAUGGGAUAAAACUACUCUGUGAGGGACUCAUGAACCCCAACUGCAAGCUUCAAAUGCUGGAAUUAGAUAACUGCAGCCUCACUUCCCAUUGCUGCUGGGAUCUGUCCACCCUUCUGACCUCUAACCAGAGCCUCCAAGAGCUCAGCCUCAGCAACAAUGACCUCGGCGACCUGGGCGUCAUGCUUCUCUGUGAAGUUCUCAAGCAGCAGAGCUGCGUCCUGAACAGCCUGCAGUUGUCAAAAAUGUAUUUCAAUUCUGAGACAAAAUAUGCAUUGGAAUCACUUCAAGAAGAAAAGCCCAAGUUGACCAUUGUCUUUGAGCCUUCUUGGUAG